AUGCUUCAGAGAUGCCUCCUAUCGACAAGGUGCAGUAGCACAAGGCAAUGGAUCCGACAUAACUCUUCCUUUCCCGUCCACCGGUUCGCCGAAUUCGCUCGUCGUCCGGCUUCCCAGCACCAGAUUUAUCAGUCAUUAUCGACGGACCCUUACGUCAAUUUAUCGAUCGAGCACUUCUUACUAGAAAAUGCCCCCGACGACUCGAGCAUUCUCUUUCUUUACAUCAACAAACCUUGUGUGGUAGUUGGUCGUAAUCAAAAUCCUUGGCUUGAGACAGCCCUCCACACGCUUUAUAAUGAUCGUCGCGAAAACACGCCCGGAGACGAUAGUGCUGUUUUUGUUCGAAGACGAUCUGGCGGCGGAGCGGUCUUUCACGAUGAAGGCAAUCUCAAUUAUAGCGUGAUCUCGCCCCGGACAACUUUCACGCGCAAUAAGCAUGCCGAGAUGGUGGUUCUCGCUCUGCACCGCGUCGGCGCAAUCAACACGAGCGUCAAUGAUCGACACGAUAUUGUCAUGACGCCUUCAGAUGUGACACAAGCUGACAGAAAUGAACCGCCAUUCCGGAAGGUCUCCGGAUCCGCAUUCAAGCUGACCCGACAUCGGGCGCUACACCAUGGUACGUGUUUGCUUGAUUCGCCGAACAUCCAUGAUUUGGGCCGGUUCCUGCGUUCUCCGGCGCGUGGGUUGAUCAAGGCUAGAGGUGUCGAUAGUGUCAGAUCACCCGUGGGGAAUGUCUCGAGUGCGCUGGCGGACUCGUUCUUCUCUAUGCAAGCAGUUAUGGACAACGUGGUGGAGGAAUUUGCCCGGCUGUAUAAUGUUGAUUCCGAUGCCGUGCGACGCGCACGCCGAGCCCAUGCGGUUGAGCCGGAGAUUUUCGCCGGCGAGAAUUGGGUUUCAGGGACGGUUGGAGAUAUUCACGGGGACGAGGAACCUGCCAUCGCUAAAGGCAUUGCAGAGUUGCGAUCUCUGGACUGGAAGUACACACAGACUCCACAAUUUACCUUUUCGACUUAUCCUACCGAGGAGGAUCCUCGAGAGCGUCCGCCUUUACCUCCAUCGCUCUCUGCGUCGACUCGUGCAUUCCUUCGCCUGAAACAUGGCGCAGUCAUUGAGAGCAACAUUUCCAUCUCAUCGGAGGCAUCCGUUGCUUCUGUUCAAGCAAGCCAGGUUCACGAACUUUUGAAUGGGCAGAAGCUACAUGAGAUGACUGUUGAACGUUGGGCAGAUGUCCUACAACAAGGCUUGGGCGCCACUGAUGGCGUAGAUGAAAGCUCGAUUCAAGCCUUGGCCAAAUAUCUAGCAGACAUGCUAGGGGGGCAUUGA